CCACUGAUUCUUUAAUCGACUGUGUUCGUCAGCGCCGCUCUCCGGCUUCUUCCCCGUCUUCUCCGCCGACUCUUCUGUGGUUCUUCCUUGCUAUCCCCCGAAGCUCCCACCGCUCUCUUCCCAUCCCCCAGUUCUCACCCGUAAGAUCGAUUCCCUCCUUCCAAAACCCUAACCUUCCGCCCCAAUUCUUCCUCGAUCGAGCGCGUUCCGUCUGAACGCCUACUGGUGAUUCUUGACGGCGAAGGGAUGAACGGAGAAGGAGGAGACGCGGACGGGGCCUCUGCGUCAGCGUCAACGGUGGCGACGACUGCUAACGCGUGCCUGAAUGGCGGGGCGCCGCCGCCGUUUCUGAGCAAGACGUACGAGAUGGUGGACGACUCUGCGACGGACGCCAUCGUGUCGUGGGGGCCGGCCAACAACAGCUUCGUGGUGUGGAACACCAUCGAGUUCGCGAGGGACCUCUUACCUAAGUACUUCAAGCACAACAACUUCUCCAGUUUCGUUCGCCAGCUCAAUACUUAUGGUUUUAGAAAGGUUGAUCCUGAUCGAUGGGAGUUUGCUAACGAGGGAUUCCUGAGGGGUCAAAAACAUUUGCUGAAGGCCAUCAGUAGGAGAAAAUCAACCCAUGGACACAAUCAACAGCCACAGCAGCAGCAGCAGCAGCAGCCUCAAACACAGAAUACUAUUGAGGUGGGGAAGUUUGGGUUAGAAGAAGAGAUUGAAAGGCUCAAGAGAGACAAGAAUAUACUAAUGCAGGAACUGGUUAGGCUGAGGCAGCAGCAGCAGACUACUGAUCAGCAGCUAAACACCUUAGGUCAGCGCCUUCAAGGAAUGGAACAGCGCCAGCAACAGAUGAUGUCAUUCUUGGCAAAAGCCAUGCAGAGCCCUGGAUUCUUAGCCCAGUUGGUGCAACAAAAUGACAACAAUCGGCGCAUAGUUGGAGUAAGCAAAAAGCGGAGAUUGCCUAGGCAAGAAAAUGAGCUGGAUGGUGAAACCACUAUGCAGGAUGGUCAAAUAAUUAAAUACCAGCCCCUUAUAAAUGAAGCAGCAAAAGCAAUGCUGAUGCAAAUUCUGAAGUAUGACACAUCUCCUAGAUUGGAAUCCUUUGGCAACUCCCAGAACUUUUUAAUCGAGAAUUAUUCUUCACCUCUAGAGGCUUUUGAUAGCAGUUCUCUAAAGCGGACUUCAGGAGUCACUCUUUCUGAAGUGCCACCUACAAAUUCUGGUGUUCCAUCUUUGCCAGCAAGCUCUGGAUAUUCAGCAAUGCCACCUCCUGUGUCAUCUGAGAUUCAAUCGUCAUCCAAUGUAGCACAUAUGGUUACAACCACCAAAAUGCCUAACAUGGAUUUGAGGUCUGGGACUAUUGCUCCAUCUCAUACUAAUAAUGGCAUAUCAGAACUUUCUCAAAUGCAGGCUAUGAUGCCUGACGGAUUCAGUCAUAGCUAUGCAGGGUCUAACGGAGGAAGCAUUCCUAUGAACCCUAUUUCUGAUGUCAUGGAUGAGCUGGCAGGAAUUGAGACUGAAAAGUUUACCUCCGAUAUGGACAUCUUAAGCGAUGACGAGCAGCUUCCAAGCAUAAAUGAUCCUUUCUGGGAACAAUUCUUGACUGCAAGCCCACUAUUGGGAGAUGCCGACGAGGUUGAUUCAGACUUGCAUGAAACUGAGGAAAUAGGGCUAGAAGCAGGGAAUUAUGGGGACAGUACCCAGAGCAUGGAUCACCUCACAAUGCAGAUGGGGCAUCUUGCCCCACAUAGCAAUAAGUGAACAAAAUGCACGCCUGUGUGUUUUUGUUGGAUGCAAUCUAUAAUAACAUCAUAAUCACAUUACUCUCAAGAGUCAACCGGCAAACACAUUAUAUGUGGCUUAGUUUUGCUACUUUAACUGCGAGUCAAACAGGUAUGUGUCGGAGCCAAUUGUAUUGUUCUUGGGAAAUCCUUCCUGUUGCUAUUGCUUAAGAGAUCUUAUGUGGAACACACAGCUUAUAUAUUUCCUUGAAGUUGCACCAGUCUUCUCUAACAUGGUUUUUUUUAUCUUUUUGUUGUUUCUGAGACCAUUAGGUCCUUGUUGUACAUCAUCAUUGACCAUAUAAUAUCAAUAUCAAGGAUA